UAGGAAUUAUGUGAGCAAUAUUCAGGGGGCUUCGUGUGGUUGCUGUGGAGGAAAGAUGACGGCUGCGAUGCAUUUUGUUGAGGGAAAAAGCUCGACGACAGUGGCGAAUGCUGGUGGUGGUUCCGGUGUUGGAGGAGAAAGGGGUGGAGACGGGUAUGUGAAGGAGGUGGUGACUUACAUGAUUACUGAUGAUUUGGAAGUGAAGCCAGUGUCUACCAUCUCUGGUAUUACCUUUCUUAAUAGGUAUGAUGUUAAGGAUAUCGCAGCCUUGGAGGAUAGGGUCGUUCAUUUGGGCAUGAAAGAGGGUUUGGAUUUGUUAAGGGCAUCAUUGCAGUCAAAGUCGGUUCUUACGGAUGUUUUCCUUGCGAAGAAAGGGGUUAAGUUAGAAGUUUGAACUAUGUUCUUCUUCUACUUCUUCACAAAAGACUUGCCCAACACAGCGAGGGCUUGUGUCUUCAGGAUGGCUUCAUCAUCGACAUCAUUUCCAGUAGUCAUCAUCUUCUUCUUCUUUGUUUGUGAUGGUAAUAACCCUUUUAGUUUAUGAGUUGUGGCUGUAAUUAAUUUUAGUGUUACUUUCAUGGCAA